AUGGCCACAAGUCGAAAUAUUUAUCUCUACAAGACCAUCAACAAUCCAGAAUUACUCUCACAGGGAUUUAUUGCUCCUCCUCCUUCUCAGAAUCAACAAACAUUGCAAUCGGAUUUGGGAAUUGAUUUGAAAAAUGAUCAUGAAAUGAUUGCCUAUGUAUUUAGUAAUCAUUCAUCGGGAACCACAUCAUCAUUUAUGGAAUAUAUUAGUGAUGUAGCUUUUGAUCAAUUGGUAGAACAAGUACAAACACAAAAUGAAGCUUAUGGAUUUUCAUUGGAUCCAAAUUCGUUAAUUCCAUUGUUGCGAGAAUCAUCAAGUCUUGUUCGUGUGAUUGAAGGAAAAGAUCCAACUCCGAAUCGAAUUUUGGAUGAACCUAUUGAUUUGAAACGAGAUACUAACGCAAGAGAAGCCUUCACUUUACAAGAAGGCACAUUUCUUUUUCCUCCAAUAUCGCAACCAUUGCUUUUACCAAAACAAGCACCUCAACCACCAACACAAACUCCUCCACAACAAGCCAUGCCAUCUCCAAAUCAACCACUCAAUGGGUCAAUGGUGAAUGUUGGUACUCGAGAUGCAUUCUCAACUCAGAAUCAACAACAACUAAUGAGAGGUGCAGACAUGUCCUCAGCCACACCACCCACAAUGCCAUCAUCAUUUAAAACAAUCAUCAAACAAGAACCAAUUUCAGACAAUAUUGUCACUCCUUCCACACCAUCAGUGGACAUUGAGAAAAAUAUUAUUAGGAUACCGAACCAACAAGCAAGCGUAUCGACACCCAUGUCAAGUUCUACGGUGCAGACACCACUUUCAAUGGAAAGCUCAAUGGAUCAAUACUCUGCUACAGAAGAAGAUGCUGAAAAUAGGAAGAAGCGAAAGAAAGAAAAGAAGGAAAAGAAAGAAAAAAAAGAAAAGAAGGAUAAAAGCGAAAAAGGUGAAAAAGAAGAAAAGAAAAAAAAGAAAAAGGAAAAGAAAGACAAGGAUAAGAAGGAGAAAAAGAAGAGGAAGAAGGAUGAAGGUGACAAGUCAGCAAGCAGUAGUGGAACCAUCAUCACAAUACCAAUUAAUCCUCAAUUCCAACAUCAAUGA